CUACCGCCGCUUUGUGUUAGUGAAUGGUGGGGAGUUUUUCCUGUCUGACGGGGAGAAGUUAACCUUACAGCCGCUGAACACACAGGCUCAUCGUCCUCACACCUGCUUAGAUGGACCUGAGAUAACGCCACCAGCAGGUUAACCCUCAUCCUGGACUACAGCCAGCCCCGCAGCCUCCGACAUACACCCAGAAUGGCAGAUCCCAAUGGGCUGAGCUCCGAAGCGGCGGGGGCAGGCGUAGCUGAGGUUGAUGCCUGUAGCUUGGAGAUAGAGAGGAAGUAUGAUGUCAUCCCUGCCGUCAUCUGCUCCAUGUGCUGCCUGUUCGGCAUCAUCUACUGCUUCUUUGGUUACCGCUGUUUCAAGGCCGUCAUGUUCCUGUCUGGUCUGAUGUUCGGCUCUGUCAUCAUCUUCUUGCUGUGCCACAAGGAGCAUGUGUUGGACACUCAGCUGAGCGUCGAGGCCAGUGCAGGUAUUGGCCUUGGUAUAGGCCUGCUGUGCGGCCUGGUAACUAUGCUGGUGCGAAGCGUCGGCCUCUUCAUGACUGGACUGCUGCUGGGCCUCCUCCUGGCUCUUGCCGCCCUGCUGGUCACUCACCAGUUCUACACUCCAACCACUGUCUGGGUGCCCCUGGGUGCUCUUCUGGGAACAGGCAUGCUAUUUGCCGUGCUGACCCUACAGUGGCAGAAGCUCUUCACCAUGCUGUCCACAGCUGUGUUCGGGGCAGCUAUCAUGACAGUGUGUGCCGACUACUUUGUGGAGAUGCUGGCUCUGGCUACACACGUGUAUGACUGCUUGCGCCUCACAACUGGGCCACCUCUCUGCUGGUACAGUUGGGUCAUUUUGGGCAUCUGGCCCGCCCUCAGUCUCAUAGGAGUGCUGGUCCAGUGGAAACUGACAGAUGACAGCUUCUCACACACUGAUGUUGUUAUUAGUCGGAGACAGAAGAGAGUCCAGCUGAUGCGGAUUCGAGAGAAGGACGCCAAGAAACGACAGCAGGCAGGUGGGCAGGAAGGCACGUACCGCCGUAAACCCACCCCAGUGAAACGUUACGCUGGGGAUCUACUGGCACCGAGCUACCUGCAAAGUCUGCGGGACAGACAGAUGGGCACAGGCACUUCCCUUAGCAGCCAGGGCACUGCCAACCACACCAUGAUCGACUUGGAUUAUGACACCGGGUCCACUGUACCCCUCACAGCCACAACCCCAGUCGUCAGGGUCUAACCACAGAGAUAAGAAGGGACUGCGCUCUCUGGUUCUCCAGUAGUGACUUUCUAACGUAGAGUAUAACCUGUAAACGGUUCCAUGCAGGAGAGGUUUUUUUAUUGCCCUUAAACUGAUUUCUUGAGAUUUUGGAUUUUCUCUUAUCAGUGUGUCAGUUGUGGAUGUUUUACAGAGAACAUCCAGUGGAAGAGAAUGCUGCUUUUUAGGGGGAAGGAAGCUUCAAGCUCCUGUAUGGUGAACGCUAUAACCACUGCAACCACUGUGUUUCUCAGAGAAACACUCGAAACAGAUACUAACCAAGCAAGGUCCUCCAUUUCUUUUCAUUGUGUAUUAAAUACAUAACAGCAAGUACGAGCCUCAAAAACAGGCACAGUUCUGUUUUGUAGUGAAUAUGACAAAGCAAUUUGUUUGACAUUACAUGUACUGUACUUAAAGAAGUUAGUCAUUGCCAUGAAGUGUUGUGUUAUUACCAGUCUUACUGUUUAACUAUGUGGUCGUAUGAUUUGUGAAAGUUUAUCAGUUAAACAACUUUGAUUUUGUGUUUUGUUAUUUUAGUUGAAGUGUGAUGAGAGAGAGCAGAAUAUGACAAAGUGAAGCAAAAAACAAAAUGAUACAAAUAAGAAGCUGAUGGUAUUUAAAAGCUCUUUGCUGGAGCCUUUAGUGGGAUCUUUUCUAGCAGCACUAUUUCUGUGACAUUUCUUUGUGUUUGCAAUGUAGUUCGUGUCAAAAUUCAGCCGGUGAAGAAUUUAGACUGUUGUGUGUGUGUGUGCUUGUGGAGUAUCUGAGUAAACCUUUUAUAAUUUAUUUUAUAUAAUGACAAAGUACAUGGUAGAUAUGAAAAAGGACAAAAAAAGAAAAACACAAAGCAUGUUUGUUGUUAAUUUGUAGAUUUUUAAAUAAUUAUCAAUUUUUGUUGUUUGAAUUUUUCAGGGACAAUACAUACCUGAAUCUGUACAUACUUGUUGAUAGAAAUUUCAAAGAUAAAUAAAUGUGUUUGAUA